AUGGCUACCGCCGCUACACCCACCUUCAAACUCGUCCUCGUCGGAGACGGUGGUACCGGCAAGACCACCUUCGUCAAGCGUCACUUGACUGGUGAAUUCGAAAAGAAAUACAUCGCCACCCUUGGUGUCGAAGUCCAUCCUCUAGGCAAGUUUCCCCCCAGUUCAUCUGGCUUCAGCACAAACUUCGGACAAAUCCAGUUCGAUGUUUGGGAUACUGCCGGUCAGGAGAAAUUUGGUGGUCUCCGUGAUGGAUACUAUAUCAACGGCCAGUGUGGUAUCAUUAUGUUCGAUGUCACCUCCAGAAUUACCUACAAGAACGUCCCGAAUUGGCACCGUGAUCUCGUUCGUGUUUGCGAGAACAUCCCAAUCGUGCUUUGCGGUAACAAAGUCGACGUAAAGGAGAGAAAAGUCAAGGCGAAGACUAUCACCUUCCACAGGAAGAAGAAUCUUCAAUAUUACGAUAUCUCCGCUAAGUCGAACUACAACUUCGAAAAACCAUUCUUGUGGCUCGCAAGAAAGCUCUCUGGAGAAUCAACCCUCGAGUUCAUCGCCGAAAUCGCCCUUGCCGCACCAGAAGUCUUCAUUGGCCAAGAACAGUUGGCAGCAAUGAACAAGGAGUUGAAGGAUGCUGAGGCCGCCCCUCUCCCAGAUGAAGAUGAUGCCGACUUGUAA